GGUUAAGUACGUUUUUGACAGUUGAGGUUAUGUACGAUGUAAUUUUAGAAAUAAAAUGAUUUUGGCGUUUAAUAAGGCCCCCAGGCGUUUAGUGCCGUUAAUAAAUCAAGCUUUAGGACGUAAUUUGGCGAGUUUUGAGGAUGAUUAUAAUAGAAAUCAUGUGCAAUUGAAUGUAUUCCAAAAAUCUGCCCUGGCAGUUGGUUCGGCAGCUUUAUCCAUAUUGGAUCCUUAUAGAGGUGAUAUGAUAGCGACUCUUAGUGAGACUACAGGGGAAGAUGCUUUAGUAGAAAUGCACGAAAUAAUGUUGAACUCACAUGAAGGCUAUGAAAUAUUGUCCAAAAAACCUCGAAUAAAUUCAAGAACAGUAGAUUUAGAAUACCUCAAAAAACUUCCAGAAGGGACUCUUGGCAAGACAUACAGUAACUUUUUGGUGGAAAAUAACGUAACCCCAGACUCCAGAAUGCCUGUGGAGUUCGUAGACAACAUAGAAUUAGCAUACGUCAUACAAAGAUAUCGUGAAACACAUGACCUAUUUCACACAGUAUUAUGCAUGCCCACUCAUAUGUUAGGUGAAGUUACAGUGAAGUGGGUGGAGGCAAUACAAACAAAACUCCCCAUGUGCAUAGGGGGGGCCAUAUUCGGGGCAGGCAGAUUAAAACCUAAGCAUAGGAAGUUAUACACUGAAAAAUAUCUACCCUGGGCUAUAAAGACUGGUAAAAAUAUGGAUUUCCUACUAAAUAUUUAUUUUGAGAAAAGGUGGGAGCAAAAUGUGCACGAAUUGUGUCAAGAAAUUAACAUGGUACCUUUAAAAUUAGAGGAAUAGAGUGUAUUUAUUGAAAUAUAUGUUAUUUAUAAUGAA